AUGACAAGUAAAGUAAAAAAUAUCGAUGAUAUACCUCCAGAGAUCAGGGGAGAGAUGGACCAGCUAUAUCGCGACCUACCAGGAAUAGAAAAGGAAUAUAAGCUUAUUGAUAAGAUUGGUGAAGGCACGUUUUCAUCAGUGUAUAAAGCCAAAGAUAUCACCGGGAAAAUAACGAAAAAAUUUGCAUCUCACUUCUGGAACUAUUGUUCGAACUAUGUUGCCUUGAAGAAAAUAUAUGUGACUUCGUCGCCACAAAGAAUUUACAAUGAACUCAAUUUGCUUUAUAUAAUGACGGGCUCUUCAAGAGUGGCACCUCUAUGUGAUGCGAAGAGGGUGCGAGAUCAAGUCAUUGCCGUUUUACCAUACUAUCCUCACGAAGAAUUUAGAACCUUUUAUAGAGAUCUACCCAUCAAAGGUAUCAAGAAGUACACAUGGGAGCUACUAAGAGCGCUGAAGUUUGUUCACUCAAAGGGAAUCAUCCACAGAGACAUAAAACCUACAAAUUUUUUGUUUAAUUUGGAACUGGGGCGAGGUGUGCUUGUUGAUUUUGGCUUAGCUGAAGCGCAAAUGGAUUAUAAAAGCAUGAUAUCCAGUCAGAACGAUUAUGAUAAUCAUGCAAAUACAAACCAUGAUGGCGGAUAUUCGAUGAGAAAUCAUGAACAAUUCUGUCCAUGCAUUAUGCGUAAUCAAUAUUCAACCAACUCUAAUAGCCAAACCCCCCCUAUGGUCACCAUACAAAAUGGAAAGGUUGUUCAUUUGAAUAACGUAAAUGGAGUGGAUUUAACAAAAGGAUAUCCCAAAAAUGAAACCCGUAGAAUCAAAAGGGCAAAUAGAGCGGGGACCCGUGGGUUUCGGGCACCGGAAGUAUUAAUGAAGUGUGGCGCUCAAACAACGAAGAUUGAUAUAUGGUCCGUUGGAGUUAUUCUCUUGAGUCUUUUAGGUAGGAGAUUUCCAAUGUUCCAAAGCUUGGAUGAUGCUGAUUCCUUACUGGAAUUAUGCACAAUUUUUGGCUGGAAGGAGUUAAGAAAAUGCGCAGCAUUGCAUGGGUUAGGCUUUGAAGCUAGUGGACUACUUUGGGAUAAGCCAAAUGGAUAUCCAAAUGGAUUAAAGGAAUUAGUCUACGACCUUCUCAAUAAAGAAUGCACGAUGGGUACUUUCCCCGAGUAUAGUGUUGCAUUUGAAACGUUUGGAUUUCUCCAGCAGGAAUUACACGAUAGGAUGUCUAUUGAACCUCAAUUGCCUGGCACCAAGGCAAACAUGGAUGCUACUGAUGCCUAUGAGUUGAAAAAAUACCAAGAAGAAAUUUGGUCGGACCAUUACUGGUGUUUUCAAGUUCUGGAACAAUGCUUCGAGAUGGAUCCUCAAAAACGUAGUUCAGCAGAAGAUUUACUGAAAAAUCCAUUUUUCAAUGAACUAAAUGAAAAUGCAUAUCUAUUGGAUGGCGAAAGUACUGACGAAGAUGACGUCGUAAGUUCAAGUGAGGGAGAUUUGCUUGAUAAAGAUGUCCUUUUAAUCUCUGAGUGA